CUAAUACAAUCCUGUCAUUAUUAUUUUAGGAUACUGUUGUGGCUCUCCAAGCUCUAACUCUAUUCCAAAGGCUUACUUAUUCUAAGAACAGACAAAAUUUGGUGCAAAUUUCCUCUGACAAAGCAUUCAAUAUGGCCUUCCAAGUGAAUGAAGAGAACCGAUUGCUGCUACAACAAAUUCCAUUACCAGAAAUUCAGAAAAACUACACUGUGGAUGUGAGUGGUGAGGGCUGUGUAUACAUGCAGACAACUCUGAAAUAUAAUAUCCUGCUGCUCAAGAAGUCAUCUGGGUUUUCCCUUUCUGUAAAUACAGCCAAUGCUUUCUGCAGAGGAUUAUUUGAUUCAAAGUUUGAUCUUGUGGUUUCAGCCAGGUAAUGACAUUUUUUGUUUUGUUGGUAAAUUAAGA